GUUUUAUAACUUCUUUUAUUACUUUCUUACUGAAGUAUGACUGUCGUAAACAUGGCGGAAGUUAUCCAUGGUUUUAGUCCUUAUUUGAGACUGACAGGCACUUUUCUUGUAUAUUUUCUUUUAUGCCAACCAUCAUUUGCAAGAGCCUAUUGUGAGAAUAACAGUAAAGAUAAAAACAUGUGCUCAUAUUUAAAUGGCGUCAGUAGUACAGGCUAUACUUGCGAAACAAGGUGUUGUGAUGGGUGGACUCUAGAUGUUGACGGUCAUUGUGUCUCAAGUUUGCCACCAGAUUACAAAAAACCUACAGUGAUAGGCUGUCCAAGACUUGGUGAACAUAUACCAGUUUAUAUUGGUACGACACGUAACGUCGGAUUUUUAUCAAGAAAACACUUCCAUGCCCAAGACUGGAAAGGGAGUUCCCUUUAUGUAGGCAUAUCGAAGGACGAAUUUGAGCAUUGCAAAUGUUCUACACCCUAUGAAAAUGUUACCGCUACCAGUGAAAAGGACGCUUAUGGAAAUAGAUCAAUUUGUCACUUCUCAGUUGUCAUAAAAGAUAUCUACCCACCAGUGUAUGAGAACUGUCCUGACAACCAAAUUGUUUCAUUUGGAGAAAAUGUAACAUGGAUUGAGCCAACAGUGACGGACAAUGUGGGUGUUUCGUACAAAAAUGACCCGAAUCAGUUCAAUAAUACGAAAAUAUCCCCUGGAUUGCACUGCUUAGUCUAUAAUGCGACAGACUGGUCUAGAAAUAUCGGGACCUGUAUGUUUACAGUUAAUGUAUUACAUGGUGUAGUGUCUAAUUGCGGACCAUUAGGAAAUUCAUCAAUAACCAUCAGUGGAACAAUCCUCGGAGCUUUGGUUAUAAUAUUGAUCGUAAUGACAGUAAUUUUGAUUCCACUUUGCAAACGACGCCGACGACGAAAUCAACUGCAACGCCAGUCAAGGACUGCAAGCAACUCGAGCGAAGUUCACCUGUUUACUGUUUACAACAAUGAUCCUCCACCAUAUGACGUUGUUGUUUCAAAUAAAUUACCAGACUAUAGUCCACCCACCGAACCACCAUCUUAUGACAGUUUACAUUCAGAAAACACCAUGAAUGAUCAACGGGGAGACAACGCGUUUGUCCUCUCAAACAAUGAAGUUUGUUCAAACGCUGCAGCAAUCAGUGGCGAUUCAGUGAAUCCAUUUGCGUUGCAAAAGACUAUAAAUAACGACAACAAGCCAAACGACACAAGGCAUUAUGUCAAUCCACAUCAUAUUCAAACAAACAAACAAACUAACGCCCAGAGUACAGAGACUCUUGUUUAAACAUAUACUAAGAACAUCAAAUCACAAUCAACAUAUUAUAUAAAUCUUUAGAAUAUUAAUUUACUCGUUUUAUUUCGGUACCUUUUGAAGCUUCACGAUAAACAAGAUAUUUUUAUAAAGGUUUUUCUAACAGUUUUUGUAUUUGACAAUUUGUUAAUAGUUGCGAUUUUUCUACCAACCUACUUUCUACGAACCUACUUUAUCAAGUUAUAUAAAUUGUUUAUGAAAAUCUUGCUUUGUGUAAAUAUUCCCACGUAUUGUAUGUUCAUGUGUCUGACCUAACAUUUACAUCUAAGCGUUUGUGGAAAAGUAUUUUAUUUAGUACGAUACGUGUGAUUUUUAAUUGGAACUAGCUUAUAUUUUUAUUAACAGCUUUUAGGAUUUCAAAUGUUUGGCUUUGAGUGGUUCUAUAAUUUUUACACUGAUGACGAUUACAGUGUUGGGGAACGAAGGGGGGAACAAGGGAGAAAGCAAGGGUUGAUUUCUCUUGAAAAAUAUUCAAGUUUCGUUCUCAUGUCUUUUUCUUUCCUUUUUUCAAAUCAUUUAUCGUCAUAACAAAUAAAAAGCAGAUUAAAUGUCAUAACAUAAACUUUCAAACUGAAGCAAUUUUACUUCUUAAAUUUUGGAA